GCUCCGGCUCGCUUUCCCUCCGGUCGCCGCGCGCCAUGGCCCGCCUGCUGGUGCUGCUGGGCCCCGCGGGCAGAAUUAGCGCCCGGGGCGGGCCUCGCGCCUCCUGGCUCCUGGGCGCCGCGGCCCCCUGCGCCCCGCCGCCCCUGUUCCUGCCGCUGCUCCGACCGGGGUCAGACGCCCGACUGCUGUGCGCGGCCCGCGGGGACUGCGGCGGCCACCAGAACCCCAGCAAAACCACCACGACAACAGUCAGCGACCUCAGCAAAACAGAGGAGAAAAAGCAAAGCAAGUCACAGCAGCUGAAGAAGGUUUUCCAAGAAUACGGAGCCGUCGGCGUGUCGGUGCACAUUGGAAUCUCACUAGUCUCCCUGGGCAUGUUUUACAUGGUUGUUUCGAGCGGUGUGGACAUGUCAGCCAUCCUGCUUAAUCUCGGAUUUAAGGAGUCAUUGGUCCAGUCAAAAAUGGCCGCGGGCACAAGCACCUUCGUGGUGGCCUACGCCAUCCACAAGCUGUUUGCACCCGUCAGAAUCAGCAUCACCUUGGUUUCCGUGCCCUUGCUUGUCAGGUAUUUUCGGAAAGUGGGAUUUUUUAAACCUCCCCCUGCAAACCCUUGAUGAACUCUUCAACUGGGGGCCUGGAGACCCCUUUCUGUUAAAUUACACAAUUCGGAUUGAUUUUAGGGUUGUAGGGAUUUGUUUGUUUGUUUUGGGGAGCAGGGGCUACUUUCUGUGUUCUCAUGGAUAAGUUUUACUUUUGCCAGCAAAAUUCGAGUGUUUAAGUAAUUGUAAUUUGUCUUGCUUUAUAAAUUUUGUUAGGGCUACUCACCAUAGGGCUUAUGUGCAUUAUCUAAAAUGUCAGCGAAACAUCACAAAUGAGUCGUCAUCGUCAGCUGUUAGCUUACUAGCUUACUUUAGAACUGUUCCUCUGAAAGAUGGCCCUAGGGGUCCAUCUUUGUUCACAUUCUUAAGAGCAACGAUUCAUUAAGCUAAUUUUAAAAUUCCCUUUCCUCCAGUAUUUGUGGUCAGGCUGCCUGCGGUUUAAUAUGCAAUAUUCUGCAGAACAGCUGCCAGUGCUGCCAUUAAUGAAGCAGAAUUGAAGACUUAACAAUAUGUAAUAAUUAGCAUCAACACCUUUACAUUCGUUACACUUGUCUGAGGGAAAGGAAAACAAGUAUUUCCGGUGUGUUUCCUUAGUCCCCAAAUCCCGUCAAAUCCAGAUAAGCCGGGGCCUAGAUCAGGUUGUUUUUCUCAAAUUUCAUGAAAGUAGGUCAGGGUCAUUUGUCUCUGUCCAGGUGAAAUGUGGAAACUUGUCCAGCAGUAAUGGCGUCCUGUGGCUCCUGCAGCCCAGGUCCUCAGAGGAUGUGGACAUUGCACAUAUAGAAAGCUGAGACAGUCCUGGCCUAACCCUGUAGCUCAAACUCCAAACAUUCCAGAACUGUCAGUGUUUACAUUCUGUUGCUGCUUAUAUUUUUCAACUAUGUUAAAAUUAUGUACAGUAACAGAAAGAUUUUGAAUCUCGCUCUAAAAAGGGAAGUUAGUAGCACUUGCUAUACAUGGAAGACAACUGUGAAAUACAGGAGGCGGGGGAGGGAAGGAAUGUCUCCAUUGCCUGCCGUGGAGGAGCCGGCCUGUGGGACUCAGCAUCAGUCCACGCUGCUGCUGCCCUCCAGGCUGCACUCACACUGAGCUCUGGCUCCACUCUGGGAACCGCAGUCUAACCAGUUCUGCCCUGGUCAAGGGAGUUAGUUGUGUUUCUCUUUCUGGCUCCCUUUUUUGCCCCCCAUCUCCCAGUUUGUUUAAUUACAUUGGGACAAUCAGAAAACUAAAGGUACUAUAUACUCUGACAGUCCUGAUUUUAUGAUCUGGCUGUUGACAGUUCCCUAGUAAUCCAUGUCAGUCACUUCAGUUUUACAAAUGUCAUUAUGGGACGAAUUCCCCAUUUCUAAGAUCUCUAGAGUGGAUCAUUUUGUUGUAUUCCUUUCAAAGCAACUAGCUCAGUGCCAAAAGGUUUUACCAGUUUCAGGUUGAAACUGUCUUUCUGGGACAUCCACACAGCGGAUCGAGAUGCCCGAUACUGGUUCGAGGUCACUUUUCAUGUGGAUCAGACCAGCAUUUUCUUUUCUUUUUUUUAGUAUGUUUUUAUUGAUUUUAGAGAAAAGGAUAGAAACAUCAGUGAGAGAGAAACAUGAUUGGCUGCCUUCUGCAGGCCCCCCACCGGGGAUCGAGCCCACAACCCAGGUAUGUCCUGACAGGAAAUCAAACCCGUGACCUUCUGGUUCAUGGGUUGAUGCUCAACCAUUGAGGCACACUGGCCUGGGAGACCAGCAUUUUCAUCUCAUCUGUCUUUAUUUAAACCAUUGGCUUCGGGCUUCUAACCCCUUUCUAUAUCAAACAGAUCCCUCGUAAUGCCUAUGCAAAAAAAAAAAAACCUGACUCCUACAGAUUUAAGGGCUUAGAUUUUAAACUUUGAUUCUGUGUUUGGAGUGAUGGGAGUGGACUGAAAGGGCAAGCAAUAAAACUAAUUAUCACAUCAAAUAGCCAUAGCAUCUCUUCUAAGCCCUGACUCCACUCCUCUCCCAUGGCCAGUGGUCAGAACAGAACAGCAGAACCGAGAGGGUGAGGAAAUUAAAGGAUCAUUAUGUCAGCUAACCAACAAGAUCUACAAAUGGCUUGUAUUUUCACUGUUUUUAUGCAACUAGAAAUAAAACGGAUGAUCUAUUUUUAACAUGUAAA